AGAGACUUGCUGGUCUCUGGUGUGUGUGUGUGUGUGUGUGUGGUCGCUCUUAGCUCUUAGCAGUAGCUUUAGUUUUUAUUUAGUUAACGCUUCACUAUUUUAUAAACACUUAAAUAUUUCAUCUGAAUCACCAAAAUCAUGUCUACUCCUGCUAGACGGCGACUCAUGAGGGAUUUCAAACGGCUCCAGGAGGAUCCUCCAGCUGGUGUGAGUGGAGCUCCAUCUGAGAACAACAUCAUGGUGUGGAACGCCGUCAUAUUUGGCCCUGAGGGAACGCCUUUUGAGGACGGUACGUUCAAGCUGACGGUGGAGUUUACAGAAGAAUAUCCCAACAAACCUCCGACAGUGAGAUUCGUCUCCAAGAUGUUCCACCCGAACGUGUAUGCAGACGGAAGUAUUUGCCUGGACAUCCUUCAGAAUCGUUGGAGUCCAACGUACGACGUGUCCUCCAUCCUGACCUCCAUUCAGUCUCUUCUAGACGAACCGAACCCCAACAGUCCGGCCAACAGCCAGGCGGCUCAGCUGUACCAGGAGAACAAGCGCGAGUACGAGAAGCGGGUUUCGGCCAUCGUGGAGCAGAGCUGGAGAGAUAGUUGACCCCCCAAACACACACAUCCUCUUUAACACUCACCUCCCGUUUCUGUCUCUGUUUAGCGGAGAAGAAAUAUUUACUCUUUUUUUUUGGGGUUUGUUUUUAAGUUUUUUAUGCACUUUACUUAUCGUACAGGAUCGUGGUUUUGUGUUUCUCGUGCACGAUCAAGUGAGAAAACCCUGCACGUCUCUCCCUCCCACCACCAUUCUCGUUCUAAUCUGAUCAUGAGGAGUUUACCCUCCUAGUGCUGUAUUCUGAAUAAAAACUCACGCCAUGUCAGUAUUUCAGGAUGAUAUAUAUUAUAUAUACUGUUUUUCCCCCUGGUCUUUGGUGUUGUACGCUAUUCUGUGCAUGAAUGCCUGCAUAUGUACCUGUGUGUUCCAGCAAGCUUGUAUAUAAGACCCAUGAUGGAUUAUAUAUGUACAGAUUUUGCACUGGUUGUCAGUCAUCUUUUCCAGCACUUGUAAAUAAUGGAAAUUAAAAAAAAAAAAAAAAAACACAA